AUGUGUUUAUUCAUUCAGAUUGUAUCUCAAGUAGCAUUACUGUCUGGUCAACCAGAUAAAUUAAAAACAAAGAACUUUACUCAAUUGCCAAUAAUGUUAGCUGAUAAAUCUGCAGUAAAAAUUCAAGGUGCUUAUCGUAAUCAUCAAGCUCGACUUAGAUUAAAAAAACGAGCAGCAUGGCAAAUACAUGAAAAACUUGAAUAUUCCAGUGAACAAACUGAAGCAAAAUUGAGGGAUAUAUUUGAAAAAUUACUUAGAGCAUCUAAUUCACUUGCUCCAUCUGUUUCAAAAUUACUUCAAAAAGCUCGAUUACCUGUGGAAGAAAAAGAACUUUUAAGAUUAACAAAUCCUGAUAGUAUUCCUGUUGAAGCUAGUUAUUAUGGACCACGCAUCGAAGGUCCAAUUACAAGGCAGACAUUUGUAAAUUUAAUUGAAGCUUUUCAAUAUGGAGAAAUUUUACAUGAAAAAUAUGUCUGUCAAAUUCUUCAUCAAGCACGUGCUAUACUUAAAACUUUACCAAAUUAUAAUCCUAUUGAUUUAUCUCAUUUACAUCAUAUAUACAUUAUUGGUGAUCUUCAUGGACAAUUAGCUGAUUUAUUACAUAUAUUUAAUGAGAAUGGACUACCUGGAAUUGAUAAUCCAUAUGUAUUCAAUGGAGAUUUUGUUGAUCGAGGUCGAAAUUCCGUUGAAGUUUUUCUUUUAAUUUUGGUUGCAUUGAUUAUUUAUCCAAGUUCAGUCUUUCUUAAUCGAGGUAAUCAUGAAGAUAUAAUGCUUUCAAGUUAUUUUGGUUUUCAAGAUGAAGUUAAUAACAAAUAUCGAAGACAGAAAACACCAUUACUUGAUCUAUUUAAAGAUGUAUUUAGUUGGUUACCAAUAUAUUCUUCUGUUCAUGCAAAAAAAUCUAAACUUAUGAUAGUACAUGGAGGAAUAUCUAGUCGUGUUGAUCUACAAAGAAUAAAGUCUCUUACAAGAAAUCGAUAUAUUUCAAUAGAAGUACCACCAAAAUCUAAAAGUGGUGAUCAACGAUUGACUCCUGAUGAAGAUAAUGAAUAUCGUCAAAUGCAAGAUUUAUUGUGGAGUGAUCCAGAUCCUCAUAAUCGUCAAGGUUGUCGAAACAAUGAUGACAGAAAUAUAGGCUGUUUUUUUGGUCCAGAUAUAACAGAACAAUUUCUUAAUGAAUAUAACUAUUCAAUACUUAUACGUUCACAUCAAGUCAAAGAAAGAGGCUAUGAAUUUACACAUGAUCACAAAGUUUUAACUGUUUUUAGUGCAUCAAAUUAUUGUGGUGGAUCAAAUUGGGGUGCAGUUAUACGAUGGGAUUAUAACGAACAAGAACCAUUGUUAAUUCAAUAUAAAAUUGAACAUGUUGAAAUGGGAAAAUUAAAUUUUAAUAAAGAAGUAACAUUAUUCGAAGAUCCAGCUUAUCAAUCAUUAGUGGAAAAAAUUAUGACAAAUAAAAGUUUACUUCAAAAAGAAUUUGAAAGAGCUGAUAGAUAUCAAACUAAUCAUUUAUCUUUGACAGUUUGGUCUAAGAUUAUGACGAAUGUACUUCAUAUUGAUUUACCUUGGCUUAUAUUGCGUUCAAAACUUGUACAAGAAGAUACACAAGGAAUUCUUUAUAAUACAAUGUUUGAUGGAUAUAUUUUAAAUAAUACGAGAUUUCAAAUGUCUAAUCCCGGUAUUAUGGAAGAUUUAUAUAUGUGGAAAGACAUGCUUAUACGAUUAUUUAAUUUAAUAGAUUACGAUCAUUCAGGUUUUAUAAGUCGUAAUGAAUUUUCUGAUGUUGUUAAACUUAUACUUUAUGAUGAAUAUGGUACUGGUGAUAUAAAUGAAGCAUAUAUUGAAGAGCUUAUUUCUGCUAUGGAUUUAGAUAAAAAUGGAAGAAUUGAUAUUAAUGAAUUUCUUGGUAAGAUUUGGAUAUGA